CCGUGUAAUGUCCUCCCUAUCCGGCGAGAUAAGCCCGGGGUUCCCGAACGAAUCGUUGUGAUGGUCAUCUUCAGUAUUCUUCAAAACCACCAGAGACAAAAGGGGAAGAAAAAAACACAACGUAUUGAUCAGUUGACAGAAGGAAGGAUGAAGGCAGACCAGGAAGCUCCUCCCCCCUCCCCCGGAUUGGAGGAUUUGGCGAUCCGGUGUCGGGAAGUGUGUCGGUCGUACGGGAAACUCAAAGUCCUGAGUAACCUCAACUUGACCGUACCACAGGGACACAUCUACGGCCUGCUGGGUCCGAGUGGAUGUGGGAAGACCACGCUGUUGAAAUGCAUUCUGGGAACCCUGAAGAUCUCCCGAGGGCACAUCAGCGUGUUGGGGAAGCCGCCCGCAUUUCCUGGACACCAGGUCCCUGGGAGGAUGGUGGGGUACAUGCCACAGGACCUGGCGUUGUACAAUGAGUUUUCUAUCAGUGACACUCUGACAUUCUUCGGAAGGAUCCACGGCCUGUCAUCUACAGACACCCAGGCACGCAUGGACUUCCUGGUGGACUUCCUGGACCUACCUCACAACAGCAGCCUGGUUGGAAAACUCAGCGGAGGGCAGAAACGGAGGGUGUCUCUAGGAGCGGCCUUACUUCAGAACCCCCAGUUAUUGAUUCUGGAUGAACCCACAGUCGGGGUGGACCCUGUGCUGAGAGCCAAGAUCUGGCAGCAUCUAGUAGAGAUUGUGAAAACUGGAAAAGUAUCAGUCGUCAUCACCACUCACUACAUAGAGGAGGCCAGGCAAGCCAACGUGGUGGGUCUGAUGAGGAAUGGCCGAAUGCUGGCAGAGGGGGAACCAGAAACCUUGAUGAAACAGAACAGUGCUGUGACCCUGGAGAAAGCCUUCCUGCAGCUGUGUGAGACCUCAGACCAGGUGGGCUCCAAACACAGCACCUACCCUCAGGGUGGGGUACUAGAGAGCGGCCAAUCACUCGAAAGCGGCCGGGAAGAGAUUCAAUUAAUCCUGGGAGUCGGGUCGGGACCAGUUGAAGAGCUGCCCAAAUACUCAGCGGACUGGAAGGUACGAGUCAGGCAUGUGAUGCCAAAGUGGAGGAACAUCGCAGCUCUGAUUAUCAAGACCACGGUGCGGAUGAAGAGAAUGCCUGGGUCCCUGUUUUUCCAGUUCCUUCUGCCAGUCAUGCAGAUCUCUCUGAUGUGUCUGUGUAUCGGAGGAGACCCCAAAGGAAUACAGGUGGCUGUGGUCAACAAUGAUACCUCCUCCAGCUCCUAUAGCCAAUCCCUGCUCUCCUUCCUGGACAACUCCAGCGUGCAACAGGUUAACCUGUCACAUGCUGAGGCUUUUGCAGGGGCCUAUAAUGGAGAGUACUGGGCCGUCAUCGGGUUUGGAAAGAAUUUUACCAGCUACCUGACCAAGAGGAUGAUCCAGCGGCAGGUCUCUAAGGAGGUGGUGGAUGGAGGGUCGGUGCACGUCUGGUUGGACCUGACCAAUCGACAGAUCGCCUUAAUGCUUCAGAAAAAAAUGAAAGAUGCCUUUGAGGGUUUUAUCCAGUAUAAGAUGAGUAGCAGGUCUUACCUGCUCUCUCUUCCUGUCAAGUUUGAGGAGCCCAUCUAUGGCAGCAUGAACUCAGACUUCACCACGUUUGUGACGCCAGGAGCCGUUCUGAGCAUCACUUUCUACCUGGCAGUGGGCUUGACGGCUCUGUCCUUUGUGAUAGAGAGGAAGGAGGGGCUAAUGGAAAGGUGCUGGGUCUCAGGUGUGAGUUCAAUGGAGACCGUGCUGGCGUAUCUCAUCUCCCAGCUGAUUAUCAUCAGUGUCCAGAUAAUUCUACUACUGAUCUUAAUGCUGCUUGUCUUUAAGAUCCCUAAUGAGGGGAACCUGGUGUUGGUUAUAGCUCUGAUCGUGCUGCAGGGUAUAACAGGCACUUCCUUUGGUCUGGUCAUCUCAUCCGCCAUCGAUGACGAACAGAACGCCACCCAAGCUGCCCUUGGUAUCUUCUACCCCAACCUCAUCGUCAGUGGUAUAAUCUGGCCUGUGGAGUGCAUCCCCUAUCCACUACGUUACAUCAGUCUGGCCCUGCCCCAGACCUACGCUUCUGAAGCCCUACGAUGCAUCAUGUACAGAGGCUGGGGUCUCUCCAGGAUGAUAGUGUGGCGAGGCUUUGUUGUCACCCUGGGCUGGAACACUUUCUUCGUCAUCCUGGCCAUCGUCAUCCUCAAGCUGAGGAUGUGAGACACCUGCCCAGGGAAAAUGUGUGCUUAUGUAGUGUAUGUGAGUGCGUGAGGGUUUUGUGUGGGAGUGUCAAUAUGGUGUGUGUAUAUAUAGUCUAGUGAGUGUGUAUAUAUAGUCUAGUGAGUGUGUAUAUGGUGUGUGUAUAUAUAGUCUAGUGAGUGUGUAUAUGGUGUGUGUAUAUAUAGUCUAGUGAGUGUGUGUAGGGUCAGUGCAGAUAGGGUAGCUUUCCCCCUCAGUCACGUUAGUUUGGCUACUCAACCUAUCUAUUUGUCACUCACAAACCAAUCAAAAUGCCUGAAAUGUGCGUCUGGACACUGCACCCACCCACUCAGGUGUUACGAGUGUAAUCACCGUCAGGAGAGUGAUCAUCGUCUGAGGACUGUUAUGGACAAUAACAUGAAUGGGUGUGAUACGUUUACAGCAGGAUUCUACUGUCCUGCCGCUAUAAGUCUGUAAUGUUAGUGUGUUUUCCCGACACUGCUUUGCAUAUUGUUGAUAGUUAAUUGCCAUUAUUGCAUUGGUUGCACAGGUGUUUUAUGGAGGAGAUUUGUUGUACUGGUAACACAAGGCGGGAAUUGUUAAAAGUUAAGAAGGGUAUUUUUUGUCAAAGCAGCUGUUAAGGGUCAGAGUUAUGCGUAGCCUCAUUAGACGGACUUUCAAACGCACAACUAGGUUGCCUGGCAACUCAAACUGAAUCAUUCCGCUGCUCGAUGUUCGCUACAUACUUCAUUGCGCAGAAGGAACCAACGUCCGUGGGCAUGGCGUAGCUUUUGGCCAGAGAAAGGAUUUUGGCCCAUAUAUGUCAUGUCUUUCUAGAAUGCCCUUUUAAGAAAUAUUCAUUGGGAAAAUGUUUGGUCUCUUUCUCAGAAGUUUAUUUUAACUAAUAAUAUUAAAGAAGUUUAAUAUAAAUUAAUCCACAAGUGCUGCCCUACUAAACAUGAUCUUGAAGUUUUAAAAAAUACAUUGAUGUUUCUUGUACCUUCUGUAAUGACCAACAUUACCUUCUGUAAUGACAAACAUUACCUUCUGUAAUGACCAACAUUACCUUCUGUGAUGAUCAACAUUACCUUCUGUGAUGAUCAACAUUACCUUCUGUAAUGACCUACCUUCUGUAAUGACAAACAUUACCUUCUGUAAUGACAAACAUUACCUUCUGUAAUGACCAACAUUACCUUCUGUGAUGAUCAACAUUACCUUCUGUAAUGACCAACAUUACCUUCUGUAAUGACCUACCUUCUGUAAUGACUAACAUUACCUUCUGUAAUGACAAACAUUACCUUCUGUAAUGACCAACAUUACCUUCUGUAAUGACAAACAUUACCUUCUGUAAUGACCAACAUUACCUUCUGUGAUGAUCAACAUUACCUUCUGUAAUGACCUACCUUCUGUAAUGACAAACAUUACCUUCUGUAAUGACAAACAUUACCUUCUGUAAUGACCAACAUUACCUUCUGUGAUGAUCAACAUUACCUUCUGUAAUGACCAACAUUACCUUCUGUAAUGACCUACCUUCUGUAAUGACUAACAUUACCUUCUGUAAUGACCAACAUUACCUUCUGUAAUGACCAACAUUACCUUCUGUGAUGACCAACAUUACCUUCUGUGAUGACCAACAUUACCUCCUGUAAUGACCAACAGGAGACUGCUUCACAUUUAGUUUGGUAUUGCUCUUAUACCAGGAAGCUGUGGCAAGAUAUCUGGAGAUUGUUUUCGAUCAUAAACAUUUUCCCUUCUACUUGAAAAUGUGAUAUUUGGUUUUAAAAGUAUAGCAAAUUAGUUCUUCUUAAAUCAACCUCAUUGGUAUUUUAUCUCAAUUCCAUAUUCAUAAAUGUAAAUUACAAAAACCUCUUUACUAUUUUUGGAAUGAAAUUGAACAAUAAAUAAAGAACAUUUCUUCUUCUGAUAACAAAACCAACCAAAAGGUUGAAUGUAGUAAUAAGGUGUUGACAUAAUGUAUGGGCUGCAUUACCCUGAAUGUUUGUUAUGUUUAGAUACUCUGUUGUGUACUCUGUUUGUUAUGUUUGGAUACUCUGUUGUGUACUCUGUUUGUUUUUCUAUAUGUGGUAUUUUUUUAACAAUAAAAUUAAAAAGACAACUAGGCA